AUGUAUCAAGCUAGUCAUUACCUAGACGAGGCCGCGCGGCUCCUGGCGGAGUAUGAGGCAGCGGCGGCGGCGGGCGGGCUGGCGCAGUCGCAGCGGGAGGCGGCAGCGACUUUCGCCCGCAGCGAGAUUGAAGCCUACUGCAGUGGCAAGAAGAGCAAGCUCUUCGCGAUUGUGCCUGUGGCGGAGGCCGCCGUCAAGGCCGGCGAGGGGCGUGUGCUCUUCCGGGAGGCGACCCAGACGCGCUACCUCUGCAUAGAAGCUGAUGGCUCCAAAACAAAGGGCCUGGCCCGCCCAAGCAGCAUGGGGGUGAGCACAAGGCAAACUUCUGCAGCAAUCGGGCCCGCUCGGCGCGCCCGCGGCCGCCCCGGCGGCCGCCGCCCGUGA